AUUAAUAAUGCAACACAAUUGGAAAGAAAAUGCUAUAGUGUAAUUCUCUGCACACUGGUUUGCAGACUAUGUGUAUAAUAAAAGUAGGUAGGUCAUCAUUUUUUCAGAAAAAAGGAAUGGCUAAUUUGAUGGUAACCACGUCAAGUAAGAACAGUUCACGCAGUACAUCACCCAGCAGAGGAAAUACAUUGACCUCACCUCAACAACAAUUAUCAACUACUUCGGAUCACACUCCAAAAGCACGUAAUGCUUCACUUUCCCAAACAGGGAUGGAUAAUACAGGCAGUGGAAGUAGUGGUGGUGGAGUCAGCCUCAAUGUCAAAGGUAGUAGGCAAAAAUCACCAGGAACUGCAACUCGAGUAGAUGCUAUGGAUGAACCAAAUACCAAUUUAAUCACUGCCGAACAAGAUGAGUUUGUGCCAAAUGUUCUCCUACCAGCUGAUGAUGAAGGAGAACAAUAUCAUGCAACACAAUCGUUCCUAUCAAAUGGCUCCUCUGAAUUAAUAACUGAUGAAGUUGACUCUAAUUCUGCUCGGGUUUGUCAAAUUAUUGAGCACAUCCAAAAUAAAAUUGCUAAAACACGAGAACUCAUAAGAAUAGAACAAACUACACGUGAUGAAAAUGUUAAUGAAUAUUUAAAACUAGCUGCUAAUGCAGACAAGCAGCAGCUUACCCGAAUCAAAGCAGUAUUUGAAAAGAAAAAUCAAAAAUCAGCACACAGUAUUUCUCAACUCCAAAAGAAAUUGGAUAGUUAUACAAAAAAAUUAAAAAAUUAUGAACUAAAUGGUGCACCUACAAGUCAUAGACAACCCAGAGAAGUACUUCGAGACAUGGGACAAGGACUUAAAAACGUGGGUGGCAAUAUCAGGGUUGGAAUCACUGGUUUUUCAGGAAGUGUAAUGUCCAAACCAAGGGAAUUUGCACAUUUAAUAAAAAACAAAUUUGGCAGUGCUGAUAAUAUAAAUACCUUAUCCCAUGGCUCGACUUUUUAUGUAAACGAUACACCGCGUGCAGGUAAUGGAGAUAACGCUAGUGUUGAAGAUGAAAAAACACACCAUGGAUCAGCUACUCUUCCCGGUGGAUGUAGUUUAGGAUCAACUCACAGUGGGGCGGCGAUGAAAUUUCCCUCCGAAGAAGGAUCAGAAUGCUCUAGUGUUACAAGUGAAAGUGGACCUGGUAGUAGAGGACAUACACAAACGUGUCAUACUAGUAACAAUGCUUCACUGACUCUCAAAUCUAUUUUCUCGGAAUUACUAGAACUUAGAGAAAAUUUGGGGAUGACGCAAGACAAAUUAGAUGGUUUGAAGGGUUUGCAACAAGAAGUAACAUAUCUUUCACAUGCUUUGCAAGAGGAACGUUUCAGAUGCGAACGUCUGGAAGAACAAAUUAACGAUCUAACUGAACUCCAUCAGAACGAGGUAGAAAAUUUAAAACAAACUAUAACGGACAUGGAAGAGAAAGUGCAAUAUCAAAGUGAAGAUCGAUUAAGAGACAUACACGAAAUGUUGGAAAGUUGCCAAACUAAAAUUUGUAAAAUGGAACAUCAACAACAACAACACCAACAAUACGUCACUUUGGAGGGUCUGGAUAAUAGCAACGCUAGGGCAGUGGUUGUAAAACUCAUAAAUAUAGUAUUAAUAGUGUUGCAAGUUAUUCUACUUCUUGUUGCAACAGGUGCUGGUAUAAUGAUGCCUUUCCUUAGGACCAGCUGUACUAAGCCUCAUUCUUUCAUGUGCAGGGUGCGCAUAUUAACUACUACGCUUGUUGUAUUGGGCAUAGUGUUUGUGCUCAGACAAUGGCCUGAGAUUCACGAUGUCGGCAGCCACCUCAUGCGCCAUCUUAAACAGACGCUCGCCGUUAAGUAGCAUCGGUGGUAUACUUAAAUUUACUAUACCCUGUGAUGAAGAAAAGUUGUACACAAUGAUCAACAUUUUGGACCCAUUUAUCAGUGCUGUAGUUUUGGAGCAAUAAUAGUAGGUAUAUGCGCCAAUGACAUUAUUUUUAUUUCAAAUUCGAUCAUGUUCAC